AGGUUUAAAUGGUAGUCUCUGUGUGAUUAGUCUGUAUCCAAAAGCUCUCUCUGCUCGGUGAUUGGCGCUCGCGUGACCAAUCGCAGCAGGUCGGACCGACACAUAAACAUCAUCCUGAUGUACUAGAGAUCAGAAGCGCUGCUAAACCGCAGCAUCCCGACGGAGAUCGGUCCGAUGAUCGGCGCGAUAUCGGUCACUGACGCGGCGCGGUGCUGAUGCGAGGCGCCACACCCUGCGCGCGCAGCUCUGACUCACGAGGACGCGCUGUCCUCCUGCGCACAUUCAUCCCUCGCACGGACGGCGUCGCAGCGGACAGCAGCUAUGGCAGAAGCGGAGACGCGUCAGAGGCUGCUGCGCAACGUCAAGAAAGAGGUCAAGCAGAUCAUGGAGGAGGCCGUGACACGCAAGUUUGUGCAUGAAGACAGCAGUCACAUAUUCUCCUUCUGCGGUGUAGUGGAAGCGUGUGUUCUUCACGGUCUGAAGCGACGGGCCGCUGGCUUCCUGCGCAGCAACAAGCUGGAGGCUCUCUUCAUGAAGGUGGGGAAGAUGUUUCCAGCAGCUGACGAACUCUGCAGGAAGGUUCAGGAACUGGAGCAAACCAUCGAGAACAAACAAAAUCAGGGUCAGGUGAGUCAAGAGAGCGUCCGGAAACAGCCGCGGCCUCUCAACCCGUCGCCGCUGGCCAUCAAACACCUGUGGAUCCGCACAGCGCUCACAGAGAAGCUGCUGGAUAAAAUCGUCCUGUACUUGGUGGAGAACAGCAGCAAGUUUUAUGAAAGAGAAGCUCUUCUGAGAGAUCCAGUUGACGGGCCAAUCCUCGCAUCUUUGCUUGUCGGUCCCUGUGCUCUGGAGUACACAAAAGCCAAGACGGCCAAUCACUUCUGGACAGACCCCUCGGCUGAUGAACUGGUGCAGAGACACCGCAUUCACAGCGGACACUGCCGGCAGGAUUCCCCCACCAAACGCCCGGCUCUCAUCCAGAAGAGACAGUCGAGCGGCAGCAUGGAGGACCGGCCGUCUCUCUGGGCGCGGGAUUACGUCCAGUCUCUUCAUCAAAACUCCAGAGCCACGCUGCUCUUCGGGAAGAACAAUGUCCUGGUGCAGCCGACGGACGACAUGGAAGCAAUCCCAGGAUACCUCUCUCUGCACCAGACGGCCGAUCUGAUGACGCUCAAGUGGACGCCGAACCAGCUGAUGAACGGAAACGUGGGGGAGAUCGAUUACGAGAAAAGUGUAUACUGGGAUUACGCCAUGAGCAUCCGUCUGGAGGAAAUCGUCUAUCUGCACUGCCAUCAGCAGUGUUUGAGUUGGGGCACUGUGGUCUUGGUCAGUCAGGACGGGAUCCAGAGGCCUCCGUUUCGCUUCCCUAAAGGCGGUCACCUGCUGCAGUUCCUCACGUGUCUGGAGACGGGCCUCCUUCCUCACGGACAGUUAGAUCCUCCGCUCUGGUCACAAAGAGGAAAGGGAAAGGUGUUUCCAAAACUGCGUAAGAGAAGUCCGCCCGGAUCCUGCGAGUCUUUCUCGGAUAAAGAUGAAGAUGAAGCCACCGAUUAUGUGUUUCGGAUCAUAUAUCCGGGCGGGCAGGAGUUCGUGGCGCCGGAGCUGAUGGAUCAGACGGUGAACUUGUGGCAGCCGGCUCCCAGGAAGUCGUCUUGUUCUUCCUGUUCGCAGAACGGCUCGUCAGACGGUGGACUUCCCAACGGAUGCAACCAUGACAGGGCUCCGCUGAAGCUGCUCUGCGAGACCAUGAAGCACCAGAUCAUCUCCCGCGCUUUCUACGGCUGGCUGGCGUACUGCCGUCACCUGUCCACCGUCCGCACGCACCUGUCUGCUCUGGUCAACCCCACCAUCAUCGAGCCGGACAUCCCUUAUGAUGCCAGAGACGGUCUGUCCGCAGACGUGUGGAAGACCUUUCUACAGGACAGCACUGCGUACAAGGAGGAGGAGCUGCUUCGUCUGGUGUAUUACGGCGGCGUGGAGCCGUCUCUGCGUAAGGAGGUCUGGCCCUUCCUUCUGGGACACUAUCACUUCAGCAUGAGCCUCACAGAGCGCAGAGAGGUGGACGAGCAGAUUCGAGCGUGUUACGAGCAGACCAUGAGCGAGUGGCUGGGAUGUGAGGCCAUCGUGCGUCAGCGGGAGAAGGAGCAGCACGCCGCAGCUUUGGCCAAAUGUGCGUCCGACGCCAGCGUGGACCGCGAGUCGCGCCAGGACUCCACCAUCAGCACGGAUUCGUCUCAGAGCAGCAGCUCCGAUAAACAGAGCCACGCCGGAACACACAGCGAAUCCAACAGCAGCACUCAGGUCAGACGCGCCAUAUGUGGGGUGGGUGGGAUCGAAUCUGAGCCCAAACCCAAAGACGGGAAGCCGCAGCCCAAAAUCCCAAACGGCACUCUGCCCAACUGCACCAGUUCUCCAGACUCCGGACACCCGUCGUCCCGUAACUUCUCCGUGACCUCGGCGCUCUCAGACUGCUCUCCGAGCACAGAGGAGACGUCCACGCAAGAGUCGGGGCCCAAAACCGCAGGCCGAGAGCCGCCAUCAGAUGAGAAGACCAAAGAGGAGCGACCGGAAAAGCGCUCGACUACUCAGGAUACGGUCAAAGAAGCUGCGAUAAAACCUCUGGAAAGUGACAAGCUGCAGACUUCGAACGGAUCUCAGGAUGUAGAUUCAGAAGAAAGCGCAGCUGGAAUGCAAAACAGCGCCAGGAAAUCUGAAGAGAAUGACGUGAGUGGAUCGAACGAGUCCCCGGAGUCAAAACAGGCUGAGAUUGGAGAUCCACGAGGUGCGUCUCCGCCGUCUGGAGAAGAAAACACGAAAUCGAAGACUGACCCAAAACUGGCUUCGAAAGUGGACGAAGGCGAACCAUCGCUGGACGUUCUCAAAAUCUCUCCAACGGAUGAAAACAAAAACCCUGAGGCUUUGGGAAAACUCACAUCUGAAGCGCAGAAUGUGACACGAACCCAGAACGACGCCGAUCUCAGCAGGACCCGAUCGAUUAUCAGACAAAUGACCGAAUCCGAGUCGGAGAGCUGCGUUCCCAUCACCUCCCUAUCCAAACAAUCUCCAGACAUGUCUGACGACUCGCCCUCGGCGCUGGAGAUGGAGGAGAUUGCGUCCUCGGUGGUUUAUAUGUCCUCGGAGAGCGGCGUGUCCAGGACGCCUCUGACUUGGGCUCGUCCCGUGGCGCCGGCUCUGGAGCUCUGCGUGGAGCCAGGCAUCAACACGAGUCCGGAGGGAACGGACUCGGCGCUCUCCGAGGAGGAGGAACCGGAGAUGGACAACUUAUUCCCCAAACCAGACUCUCUAGCCGUCGCAGGAGACAAGAACGACAUCGCGUCUCCAGUGUCGUCUAUCGGGACCACCUACUCGCAGGAGCUGGUGGACCUGUACACACUCAAUCUGCACCGCAUUGAUAAAGACGUCCAGCGAUGUGACAGAAACUACUGGUAUUUCACCCCGACCAACCUGGAGAAACUGCGCAACAUCAUGUGCAGUUACGUUUGGCAGCACCUCGACAUCGGAUACGUCCAGGGAAUGUGUGACUUAUUAGCACCCCUGCUGGUCAUCCUGGAUGAUGAGGCCAUGGCCUUCAGCUGCUUCUCUGAACUCAUGAAACGAAUGAACCAGAACUUCCCUCACGGAGGAGCCAUGGACACACACUUCGCCAACAUGCGCUCCCUCAUCCAGAUUCUGGACGCGGAGCUGUUCGAGCUGAUGCAGCAGAACGGCGAUUACACACACUUCUACUUCUGCUACCGCUGGUUCCUCCUGGACUUCAAGAGAGAAAUGGUGUACGAUGACGUGUUCUCGGUGUGGGAGACCGUCUGGGCCGCGCGUUACGCCUCCUCGGAGCACUUCGUGCUGUUCAUCGCGCUGGCGCUGGUGGAGCUGUACCGCGACAUCAUCCUGGAGAACAACAUGGACUUCACCGACAUCAUCAAGUUCUUCAACGAAAUGGCCGAGCGUCACGACGUCCCGAAGCUGCUGCUCACGGCCCGAGAGCUGGUGCACAAAGUCCAGAUCCUGAUUGAGAACAAGUGAACUGACUUCCAUUAGCAUUCUGAAGAUGCUCGGUAUCUGUUUUUGGCCGUUAAACAAACCCUCAGCUGAAGUAAAUGCCAAACAAGUGUUGUUUUCAUCUGCCCAGACUUUAAAGGGAUACUCCACCCCAAAAUGAAAAUUUUGUCAUUAAUCACUUAGCCUCAUGUCGUUCCAAACCCAUAAACGCUCCGUUCAUCUUC